CCGCGGGCAGGGGAUGCGCGGGCGGAGCGGGCACAGCGCGCCCCGCGUGCUGCCAUCCUUUGGGUUCCUGUUUGACAUCGAUGGGGUGCUGGUGCGAGGCAGGACCCCCAUCCCUGCUGCCAGAGCAGCCUUUGGCAAGCUGGUGAACCCUCAGGGACAGUUCCUGGUGCCCGUGGUCUUUGUCACCAACGCUGGGAACUGCCUGCGCCAGAAGAAGGCUGAGCAGCUGUCCCACCUGCUGGGGGUUCCAAUUUCCCAAGAUCAAGUGAUGAUGUCCCACAGUCCCCUGCGGAUGUUCAAGCGUUAUCAUAAAAAAUGUGUCCUGGUAUCUGGACAAGGACCCCUUCUUGAUAUUGCUCGAGACCUUGGCUUCUGCCAGCCCAUCACCAUUGACACUCUGAGGGAGAAACGCCCUCUGCUCGAUGCAGUUGACCAUGACAGAAGACCCAAUGUCCUGUCCCCGUCUGCUGUGGAGCUUCCCAAGAUUGAGGCUGUGGUGCUGUUUGGGGAGCCCGUGAGAUGGGAGACCAGCCUGCAGCUGAUCAUCGAUGUUCUGCUGACCAGUGGCUAUCCUGGCAAUCCCUAUGGGCAGGGGAGCUACCCUCACAUCCCUGUGCUGGCCUGCAACAUGGACCUGAUGUGGGUGGCUGAGGCACAGUCCCCAAGGUUUGGGCAUGGAACUUUCAUGGUUUGCUUGGAAAACAUUUACAAGAAGAUCACUGGCAGAGACCUGAAGUACGAGGCGCUGAUGGGCAAGCCCAGCAGGCUGACAUACCAGUAUGCAGAGCACCUGAUCCGGGCCCAGGCCCUGCAGAGGAGCUGGGAGCAGCCCAUCCAGACCCUCUAUGCUGUGGGGGACAAUGUGAUGACGGAUGUGUACGGAGCCAACCUGUACAACCGCUACCUGCAGCAGAGCUGCCCCCGAGCCCGGCUGCAGGCCCAGGCUGCUGCAGGAACAGCCCCUGCCCAGCUUCCCCAGCACACCCAGCACAUCCAGCCUGGCCUCGGCUGGGACACGGAGCUGGCACCUGCAGGCACAGCCCCUGGCCUCGGCUGGGACACGGAGCUGGCCCCCGCGGCCGCUGCCCGCUGCAGGUCCGUGCUGGUGUGCACAGGGGUGUACGACCCCCCGAGCGAGGGGGCCGUGCCCAGCAGGGACAGCGUGGCUCAGAACGUGUUCCACGGGCACAGGGAUUUCAGCUUCGACCCCGCCCUGGUGGAGCCAGACCACAUUGUGCCCGAUGUGGAUGCUGCUGUGGACCUGGUCUUCCAGCUGGAGAACUUUGCGCCUCGUUGAGUUCCCUCCAGCACACAGUAAAAAUGAGUCCUCAAAGAGAAUUCAGUGACAAAUCCAGCUGCAGCAGCACUGUGAGGAGGCAGCUCCAGAGCCUGGAUUGCACUGACAACUCCCCCUUUGGCACCUGAGGCUGUUACUGAAGCAGCAGACAAUGCACACCAAGAAAUUCAAUAUUUGGCUCCUGUGGAUCACCAACUCCCAAGUGCUGACGCUCAAAUCAAAGAGCCAAGCAAAGAGCAAGGGGUGUUGCUUUGUUUAAUUCACAGCACUUCAAUCAAGUCCAGGAUGUAAAUGUUCCCCUGGGGAGGCACAGCAUUGUUCACACUUGAUUGCAAGCACUGGGAGGGUUAUCUGCACUUCUCCAACACCGAGCAUUUGGGGUUUCAUUCUUCACCUCCCAGACAGCUCUGCUGGAGAGUUUGCUGAGUGGAACAAUUGGAAGUUGCAUGCAUUGCUGGAGCUGAUGGACAUUUGAGGGUAAGAGGAAGUUAGUUCAGCACCAUUUGUUUAAUUAAGAGUACAUUAGGUCAUAUCUUGGUAAAAGUAGACC